AAAAGUCAAGACAACUGGUGAUGGCCCAGGAUGCAGUGGACCUUGGCAUCUUGGAUAUCUGACCAAAUUCUAGAAGCCCCACCACAUCUGCUUCAGUCACCUUCAUGAUCACAAAUUGUUCUUCUACUCAUUACACCUGGGGAAGCUUUCACAAGCUUGGGAUAAACAUCCUUCUAAGACACCUGUCUGUUACCAUCAACCUGGCUUAACCCACCUGUUGAAAUAGUUUUACUAAGAUAUGGCUACUGUGCAUGCUAUAGCUUCUUGGAGUUACAGGCUCUUCUGAUUCUCCCUGAUUUUCUCUACAAUGCCCCCCCAAGCCUCUUCACCCUGGAAUCUCACUACCACUCAGGACUCAUCUGUGGACUUCACACAUUGGAAGUACCUUCUGACCUGUAGCCUCAUCCUCUAACAGAACCUUCAUUUUAAGGAAUUAUGUCUUCAUUCCUGUCCAGUGGUCUUUCCCAAUUAUAAAUCUGCAGAAAGGGAAGGGUUUUUGCUUCCGCUUUGGAGUCGGAAGUUUGCUGUUUGUCCGGUCGACGCGGCAGCGAUCGAGCUUGUGAGAGCUCUGCGAGGUGUUGCUGGAGCGAAGCUCGGCCCAGCUGAUCUCGGUUCUCCUCUUCUAUCCUUGGAGAAUCACUUGACAGAUCUGACAAUCCAGGAAGAUGGGCCGAAGAAAAUCAAAGAGAAAGCCUCCUCCCAAGAAGAAAAUGACUGGCACAUUGGAGACUCAGUUUACUUGUCCCUUCUGCAACCAUGAAAAGUCUUGUGAUGUAAAGAUGGAUCGAGCACGCAACACUGGUGUUAUAUCCUGUACAGUGUGCUUGGAAGAAUUUCAGACUCCUAUCACAUAUCUGUCAGAACCUGUCGAUGUAUACAGUGACUGGAUAGAUGCCUGUGAAGCAGCCAAUCAGUAGUGACUCUUAGGACCCAGCCUGCUCCUGCCAAGGAUGGCUGUCCUAUUGGGCCCUGAAUAGCUGGAAGGCUUUCCUGAGACCACAAAGGAAGUCACUCCUAAGCUUCAAUUGCCCCCUCCCUGACCCAGGGUCCACCCCCACCCCCAUUCCUUCUCUCCAGAACAAUGGAAGAAGAAUGGCUCCCUCAGUAGCUCUAGACUGAGCUAGACCUAUACCUAUUCCCGAAGUUCUUGGAUUGGCAUCUGGAUUCCUUUGUAGGUGGGGAGGGGCAGCGGUUGAAAGCACCAAAGUUAGGCAGCUGCCAUGGGUCACUGAAGGCUUUGGGCAGAUUCCCCUGUCCCCCAACUCUCUGGAGACCUGACUUGGACCUCUCCCCAGGGGAGGUGCAGAUACUGUGGCCUUACAUCAGUCAGAUGUGGCUGAGUUGUUUCGGAACUCCACCAGGACUUGGUUUCCCAAUGAGCAAACAGCCAGCCAGGUCUGGGGGAAGAGACAAGCACUGGAGUGGCUCCAGCCACUGGGACUUAGCACUUGAUUGGUUUUAUCCUCUUUCAUUUUAACUGGAAUCUUUUCCUCCCCUACCUGAAGUGACUUGAUUUCAGGCUGUCUAAAUGUCCCUCCUGUCAGUUACUACAAACAAUACUGAUCUUCCUGAGAAAGAUGGGGGUUUAGUGGGUUGAGGGUUGGGCAGGUGGAGGGAGAGGAACUAUCAGUGUCUCUUUAAUAAACUACUCUCUGAGAGAUCCCA